AAUUUAUUUAUCCUUUUCCGUCCUCUUUCUCCUCAUCGUUAACUUCAGACACUUCUUGCUAUGGCUAUGUUGUCUUUACGAUCUCUCCGGAGAUCCUCACUCUCCACUCUCCCACCCUGCUCCAUCCGAUGGCUCUCAGUUAAUCAGUUAUCGACUUCUUCGUCUUCGUCGGUUUCUGCUUCAAUUUCGGCUGACGAUCGGUUUCGGAUCCCUUCUUUUAUUGGUUCCUUUCUCAAAUUGACCUCAGGAAUUUUGCUAGGAUCUGGAUUAGGGUUUCUUUAUGCGUCUGGUAGUUCUGCUACUUCAGCACUUGCUCUUGCGGAGUCAACUGCUGUGGAUAGUGUUGAAGAUGGCGUUGUUGAGCAGCCGUGUUCGAAUUCGUUUUUUAGGAAAUUUUCUCUACCGGAAAUCUCCUCCAAGUUUCUGUUUAAAGAGGAGUUUCGUCGAAAGGUAUUCUUCAAUUACGAGAAACGUAUUCGAUUGUACAGCCCUCCGGAGAAGGUCUUUGAGUAUUUUGCAUCAUUUCGUGCGCCAGAUGGAGAAUUACUCAUGAGACCAAUGGAUCUAAUGCGGGCUGUGAUUCCUGUCUUUCCACCUUCCGAGUCGCAUCUGGUAAGAGAUGGAUAUUUAAGUGGGGAAAGGAACCCUGGGAUGCUUCGUUGUGCCCCUUCGGAUUUGCUCAUGCUUUUUGAUAUAAACAAUGAUGGGCUUGUUUCUUUCAAAGAGUAUAUUUUUUUGAAAACACUACUCAGCAUCCCAGAAUCAAGUUUUCUUGUGACGUUUAAAAUGUUUGACCGCAACGAUGAUGGGUAUGUUACGUUUACCUUGUUCAAUAAGUUUACUUUCACAAUGAUGGAUAACAUCAGUCUUGUGGUUUUAAACCUCAAAAAUUAUUUUUAUUAUUUGGAAAAACUAACCUCCUGUUUUAAUAGUUUCAUGCUCCAUAAUAGAUCCAUGAUUGUUCUCUAUGGGCAAGGGCCCUAUCAUCAUGGUCUUCUCUGCACUUUUUUAUGUGCUGAACAAUUUAUUUUUUGGAUUGAUUUUGUUCCCUGCAUUUUGAGUUUACUGACUGGUAUUACAAUUGAGCUGACUCUCUCCCUCUUUAUGGAUUUGUCUUAUUAAUUACUUGUUCAUUUCGUGCUUUUCUAAUUUAGAUGGAUGAGAAUAUAAUAGGAUCCGGUAGUUUUCAUAUAAGAAUAGUCAAGAUGCAC